AUGAGUCCGGAAUAUUCGCUGCAGCUGCCUUCGUCCAGCACCCACGUCUCGUUGACCCACGCCACCAGCACCCGCAGUCCGUCCUGGCCCCUGGACGUGAGACGCCAACAGGAGGGCAAGUUCAGCGGCAGUCGUGAAGGAAGCAGGCCUUCAAGAAAGAGCUCCUCCCAGGGCCACGCCAUCGCUGAGCUGAGCAACGCCAUCCUGCAGUUCGGCGUGAACCUGUACCGCGCGCUGCGAUCUGGUUCCGCUACGGCGGCGAGCGACACGCUGCCGGUUCAUGACCACCUAGAAAACGUGCUCUUGUCGCCGUACCUGAUCGCCAGCAUGAUGCAGCCCAUGGCAGCAGGCGCGCGUGGUGAAACGGCCGCGCAGAUUUUCCGCCUCUUCCAAUGUCCCGAAGUGGCAGGCGUCGAUGGACCAGACAUAGGAGACCAGGUGGUGCGGUACUUCGCGUACCGAGACAAGCGUCUCUUGCCGGACGGCCGUCGGAACUACUACCAGCAGGCCGGCUUCACGACCCAGUACGACUGCUGCCUGCACAGGGACCGCCGGGUGGCACUGAAAGAAGACUUCGAGGCGCGACACCUGAGGCGGCUGCGUGAAGACUCGGCGCCGUCCUCGUCCCAGAGCGGCGGUGCUGGAAGCGGCGGCACCGACAGACGUCGCCGCAAGCGCCCACGCUGUGGCCGUCUUCGCAGCCAGAGCCACGACUUCGUGAACGACUCGGUCCACCAGCGUUGGAAGAUCGAGACUGAGCUGAAGGACGCUGUGCCACUUCUGGGAAAAGGUACUGCCUGCGAGGCACUUCCGCGUGGCUCAGUGGACGAGCACACGUCCCUCGUGCUGCUCAGCGCCGUCGCGGUCAAGGGCCGUUGGCGACGCCGCUUCCACCCAGCCCAGGUGAACGAGGGGAUCUUCUACGAGCCUUCUUCGGAUGGAGCGACGGGAGGAGAGCAGCAGACGGCCAGCUGGACGCCACGCGCGGUCAUCAUGAUGCACCAGACAGGAAACUUCCGCAUGGCCGAUAGCGCUGAGCUCGAGGCUACGGCUCUUGAGCUUCCUUACAAGUCCGGCGCACGGUACCUUGUCAUUUUCCUACCGCAAAGGCAAGACGGCCUCGACGCGCUCGAGGCUCGGAUGACCGCCGACAACCUGGCGCAGUGUCUCCGCCAGAUGAAGCGGCGCAUGGAUGUCGACCUGACGCUGCCCAAGUUCCACGUGCGCGCAGCGACCGACUUGGCGGCGGCGCUGUCGUCGAUGGGCGCAGAUUUGCUUUUCGACCGUGACGCUGCCGACCUUUCCGGCAUGUGCGCAUCCGAGGGCGCGUUUGUGUCCGUCGCCAGGCACGCGGCGGCCUUCCGCACCAGCUGGAAAGGACGCGUGAGCCGCUCCCCCGCGCUGACGCCGUCGGUGCAGCACGAGAAAUUCACUGUUAACAGGCCGUUCCUUUUCCUGGUGCUGAGUCGGAGACCCAACGCCGUGCUUUUACUGGGCUCCGUGAGGAGCGUCAGACCUCACUUCUGCCCGGAGCUUCUCCCGUCGGCCUAA